UGUCCCCUUGCUCUGAACAAUAAUGAACAGAGUGCUAACACACACAGACCCAGUCUGUAGCAGGUGUAAUCACUCCUUCAGAAUGGCCUUGGUGCUGCUGAUAUCUCUUAUCCUCCUCUCUCUGGGGUUUGCAGGUGCUGACGAGGAGUGUGUGUACGCUGCUGUCGGGACGACCAAGGUGAUUGACCAUGAUUAUCCGGGCCUGGAGUUGUUUGAACAGUCAUUCCACUUACGGUGGACCCAUGACUCUAAGAUAGUUUACAACAGCAAGAAGGAUGCUGCAAACAAAUACCACACCACAAAGAAUGGUUCUCUGUUGCUGGAGAACCUACAGCUGGAUAACGCUGGGACGUAUCAGGCUACCAUCUACGACAACCUGGGAAAUCACAUGAAGUCUACCGUAACUCGCCUGUGUCUGCUCGCACCUGUGUCUAAACCCCGUCUGACACACACCUGUGAUGGAACAUCUGUCACGCUGAGGUGUGACGUGGUGAACCCUGGGGUUGUGAUCAUAGUGUGGCAACAUAACGGAAACACACUGCCAGGACAGACAGGCACUACUCUGACCAUAACCAAGGCAACGCUCAAACCUGAAGACAGUUAUGCGUGUACAGCGAGUAUUAAAGCCAGCGAGGAGAAGAGUGAUGAUGUUUACCCUGAAUGCACAGUGGCUGUGUCUAAACCACGUCUCACACACACCUGUACUGACGCAUCUGUCACUCUGAGGUGUGAUGUGGAAAACCCUGUGAAUGUGAACGUGACGUGGAGCCGUAACAGUAACACACUGCCAGGACAGACAGACGCUACUCUGACCAUAACCAAGGCAACGCUCAAACCUGAAGACAGUUAUGCGUGUACAGCGAGUAUUAAAGCCAGCGAGGAGAAGAGUGAUGAUGUUUACCCUGAAUGUACAGAUGAUGAUUCCUCUGCAGUGCUAUUGUUUGGGAUGGAGCUAUGGCUGAUGGUGUUGAUUCUGGCUGGCGGAGGUGGUCUGCUCCUCAUCCUCAUCAUCAUCACCUUGGUGUGUGUCUGCAGGAGCCGCAGGCAGCACAAGAGACGCCUAGAAGAGGAGGAGGAGAUGAGACUGGCCCCCCUCACCCAUCCCACACGCUAAGCAUACGUCCACCACCAACAAAGGGCCCAAAGCUGACCCCGGCCCCAUAACAGAGCUGCGUCUCAGGCCACACCAAACUCCGGACCUCAAGUUUGACCCAGGUCUCCACAGCAAGCACCAGAUGAUGCUCAGACUCAGCCCAUACCAAUGCCCAGGUGGACAGGACCACGAAACCACAGGAAUUCGGCAUGUGUGUGUGUUUGUGUGCAAACAUUCGCAAAUUCUUCUUAACCACAACAACCCCUGUAAUCACAAAAGUGGAAUCUGUCAGAUCUAUAUUCUUUACUCAUAAAGUAACACCAACCUGACUUUACUAGUACUGCUUCAGAAGUCGCUAUCAUGACAUUUGACAUCUAUAGCAUCAUAAUCAGGGAGCUAUAUUUGCAGAUAUUUUUCAGAUGAGAUGAAGAGGAAUAAAUAUCUUUGAUAUGUUGAAACAUA